UGGCCGCACGCCGUCCAGUUUGAACCAGUUUCAACUGGUUUUUGCUGGCUCCGUCAUCAUUUCGCGCGCGCAUGACGAACUGUCAAAGAUACGUUAAAAAGUGUAAUACACCCUGUAUAUAAAUUAUGAUUAAGUAUAAAAUUGAACUUUAAUUUUAGUGAGUGUAAUAUACAACUUUGAAGUUGGUUUCUUGUUAGUUUAACGUCGCAGUUGUUUUAAUGUAGUUGCUUAAAUAAACUUUGUAAAUAUAAGUGUGUAUUUAUGUAAGUGAUUUAUUAAUGGUUAAUGGAUUUUAAAAGCUCAGAACAUGAAAACGUGAAGGUGUGGAAAAAAUAUAUCCAAAUGUAAUCGUGAAGAUUUUGUGCGGUGUUCGGCAGUCGUGUAGUGUAAAAAUGUAAAAUGGAGAGUUCUAUGCGGGCGAGUCCAACUCGAGUCUUGUCCCUGUGGACUUUGCUGCUCGGAUGCUGUAAUAUUGCAGGUCUCCGGCCGACACCGAGUGUCAUAGCGGACUCCCUAGACAUAGUGAAAGUGUCAGCGGUGUCAGGCGGCGACGCGACACUGCCUUGCGACACUCGCUCUACACAGGCGUCUGAUGUGCUGUUACUCGUCGUUUGGUAUAAGAAUGAUGUACCUUUGUAUAGUUACGACGGCCGUAUAAAAGGGCCUUCAGCACAUUGGGCAGACGACGUGCUGGGAGGGAGGGCGCGGUGGCACUCGGCUAGUCCGGCGUCCCUCAGAAUCCGUGACGUCAUACCUACUGAUCGAGCCAUGUAUCGCUGCAGGGUAGACUUCAAAAUAUCGCCCACGAGAAACCAUAAGAUCUUGUUGGAUGUUAUUGAGUUACCAGAAAAGCCGAAGAUUUUCGACGAGUUUGACAAAGAGGUGGUCGGAGUGGCCGGCCCUUAUAUAGAAGACACAAGUUUAAAGCUUACCUGUGUUGUAAGUGGAGGUAAACCAAUGCCUCGCAUUCGCUGGUGGCGCGACGACAAAGUCAUAGCGACCGUCGCACCAGUGGACGACGAGUCGCGCAUCAGUCUACUAGAGCUGAGGAUACCGAAGCUCUCGAGGGACUACUUCGAAGCAGUUUACACUUGCACGGCAGACAAUACCGUGCUCGUCCCGCCUUUGAGGGUCAAUGUGCAGAUACAAUUGUAUUUGCGACCACUGUUCGUGGAGAUCCUAGCUCGGGAGCAGCCACUAUCAGUGGGGCAGGCAGCGGAGCUCGCGUGCAGGGCAGUCGGAGCCAGGCCUCCGGCCGUCAUCACGUGGUGGAUGGACGAACGGCAGAUGUCCGUCGCCGCUAUACAGAAGAAUUCAGACGACAAAAACGAGACUAUAUCGUACCUUCGCUGGACGCCUCGAAUGGAUCAAGAUGGCCGCACGCUCACCUGCAGAGCGGCGCACGUCAAACUAGAACACACGACGAUAGAAACUAGUGUCACGCUCAAUUUGCACUAUGUUCCAAUAGUGACUCUUCAGUUGGGCUCCAAAAUGAACCCGAAUGACAUAGAAGAGGGUGAUGACGUGUACUUUGAAUGCAUGGUGCGUUCCAACCCUCCAGCUUAUAAAGUUGUUUGGGAACAUAAUGGCCAAAUCAUGACGCAUAACCAGCGGGCCGGCGUCAUAGCAGGCUCAGCGAACCUCGCCUUACAAGGCGUGAACAGAAGUCAAGCGGGGAAGUAUGCCUGUACUGCCUCUAAUGUAGAGGGUGACGGGAAGUCCCUGCCUGUUAACCUACAAGUUAUUUAUAAGCCAGUAUGUCUAGCUACAUCAGUGGCUAUAGUUGGUGCUGCGAUCAAUGAACCAACCAAAGUAACAUGCGAAGUGGACGCCUUCCCACCGCCGAAGAACUUCCAGUGGACGCUCAAUAAUUCCAUGGGAACUUCGGAAAUUGAGCCCGAUAAAUUUAUUUUGAAUGGAGUGGGGAGGUCGGUGCUGUUUUAUACUCCUGCUUCGGAGAAGGACUAUGGGUCUCUGGCCUGUAGAGCGACGAACCUUGCUGGUCAGCAAGUGGAACCGUGUAGAUACUCUUUACUGCCAGCAGUGAGACCAGACCCGUUGAACAACUGUUCUACUGUCAACCUGACUGAUGAUUCCGCAGAAAUACGAUGUGUGGCUGGUUAUGACGGUGGUCUCCAAACAUCGUAUUUCGUGGAAGUAUGGGAGUCUAAGAAUUUAGUAGCGAAUGUGUCCACUGCGCUACCUGCGUGGAUACUCCGAGGUUUGGGCUCAGGCAAGAGUCUGAAGCUGGUGUUCUACGCGUCGAAUGCCAGAGGAAGGUCAGAGACUGUCGUCAUGAGGAUCAAUACUCUGACGCGGCUUGCUUUACAUACAGAAGCGAACUCCGGCAAAGCCGUAAGCGUAGACGCUAGCUGGGCGCUAGGAGUAAUUGCUGGUAUUGCUGGCACACUCGUCGCCAUAGUGGUUAUUGCUCUUCUGGCGAGGAGAAGACACCAUCCACCUAUGCAGUAUGAAGCUCCUAUGCAGACGGUGAAGGCGUACAAAGGCGCGAUACAAAGCACCAACCAUUCUCCGGUACAGCCUGACGAUAAAAAUCCUGAUGUGGUACCUCUGGGUAAAGGUAAUAUAGAUUUUAACAAUGGUCGUGACUUGGAGCGACCUCCUGAGCCCCCGCCUUACGGGGCCGUCAUAUCUCCUCCUGUGGGGUCCUCGCGAAGCUCUAACAGUCUUCAUCAUCAUGACAUGAGGCCUGUCACACCGCACACACCAAUAACUCCUGCUUCGGAUGCCCAUAGUAUCGGAACCUUGGCAGAAGACCGCAGAAGUGUGACAAGCGGUACAUUUUCUAGACGGAGAGAAGUGGUGACAACUAGAACCCCGUUGUUAGCAAAUGCCAGGGAAAGUUGCGUCUAGUGUAAACUACUAUUUAGUAAGAAUUUACGCUGAAGGGAACAUGUUACUAUUUUAUUUUCUAGAAUAUUUUUUUACUAUUUAGGAUUAGGUCUGUGAUACGGCUUAACGUAUAUUUCGGGUGCGGUGGAUUGAUUUUUUUUUCUAUUUUUGUGAAAUGUGUAAAAAUAUUUUCGAGUUUUUAAUUAAAGGAUUGGGUUUUAAUAUUU